AUGACGUACCUGAAGAUUGCAUGCAAGGCAAGGGAACCUUAUGAUUUCCAACCAGGUGUCUUAGCCGCUGAUGCUAUAACUCUUGCAUUUAAGCUAGCGGAAGUACCAGAUAUAAGCAUAUUCUCAAGGCUUUUGGUCUUUGACGUAUCUUUCAAUGAAAUCACUUCGUUGGAAGGAUUAUCAAAGGCCUCUAGCACGUUGAAGGAGCUCUAUGUGUCUAAGAAUGAAGUUAACAAGAUUAUGGAGAUUGAACACUUGCACGACUUGCAGAUUCUUGAGCUAGGGUCCAAUAGAUUGCGGGUGAUGGUGAAUAUGGAGAGCUUGACAAAGUUAGAAGAGCUGUGGCUGGGAAGAAACCGUAUCAAAGUUGUGAACUUGUGUGGGCUCAGAUGCAUUAAAAAGAUUAGCUUGCAGAGCAAUCAAUUGACCUCUAUGAAAGGAUUUGAGGACUGUGUUGCUCUUGAAGAGUUGUAUAUGAGCCAUAAUGGUAUCUCAAAAAUGGAGUUGUGA